AUGGCGGCAGGACCAGCCCUCUCGCUCUUAUUGGCUGUGCUGGCGUGCACAGGGCCGGCCCGGCCCUCACCCCCGUUGCUGCUCCGCCCCCGGGAGAGAGAGAGGGAUUCGGGCGGGGCUUCGGGCGGGGUCAACAUCGCCGUUGUCCACUCCGGCUCCUCCCACCUCCCGGAGACGAGCGCCGGGGUGGGCGGCCAGGUUGGGGAGAGCGUGAUGACGUCGUGGGGGCCAGCCAACGUGAUCUGGCUGGCCGUCAACGAGAGCAGCCCCAGCAGCCUGCUCCUGCAGCUGUGCGAGCUCCUGGCCACCACGCCGCUCCAGGGCCUCGUGUUUGAGGAGGACAAACCGCCCCCGCCCAACCGCGCCCCGCUGGGGCCCAUGCUGGAGUUUGUCUCAGCGCAGACUGGCAUCCCCGUCAUAGCCGUGGGAGGAGGCGCCGGCUUGGGACGGGAGCCACAGGAGAGCGGAUCUGUGUACCUGCAGCUUGCCUGCUCCACAGCCCUGCAGCUGGAGGUCAUUUUUGAAGUGCUGGAGGAGUUUGACUGGACGGCGUUCUCCGUGGUGACCACCCGUCACCAUGGAUACGAGGAGUUCCUGGCCCUGGUGGAGGCCACGACGGACGGCUCCUUCAUCGGCUGGGAGAGGAAGAGCGUGGUCAUGCUGAACCUGACGGACGACCCGGGAGGAGCACGGACCCGCAGGCUCCUGAAGGAGAACGAGGCGCAGGUGCGGCUGUUGUACUGCUCACACGAGGAGGCUGCUCAGAUCUUCCGGGCUGCCUGGGCGACGGGCCAAGCCACAGCGUCACACAUGUGGUUCGCCGUGGGCCCGGCGCUGGCCGGCCUAAGCCUGGAGGGACUGCCCAAGGGCCUGUUCACGGUGCGGCCGCAGGGCUGGAGGGACGACCCCCGCAGCCGAAUCGCCAAAGGCGUGUCGGUCCUGACGCAUGGGGCUAUGGCUCUGCGCAGGGACUACAGUGGAACCAGAGGGACAAGUUUCGCUGGGAACUGCCUGUCCGGCAGCAACCAGACACAGAGGAUACCUUACCGCAUCAGGUACUUCAGUAACAUCACUCUGGCAGGGCGGGAUUACUCAUUCAAUGAUGAUGGCUAUCUGGCCAGUCCACUGCUGGAUGUCAUCUCAUACACAGCAGGCAAAGGCUGGGAGGAGGUGGGUUGGUGGGAGAACGGGAUUCUUCGACUGCGCUACCCACCCUGGUCUCGCUAUGGAUCUUUCCUCAAGCCUCUGGACGACAGUCAGCACCUGCGAGUGGUAACUCUGGAAGAGCGACCCUUUGUGAUUGUAGAACCAGCUGACCCUGGUACGGGCGCCUGCAUCCGAGACUCCGUCCGCUGCCGGCUGCCCCUCAACAGCAGUAUGGUUAUGGACGGCACAACGUCCAUGAAGCACUGCUGUAAGGGCUUCUGUAUUGACGUCCUCAAGCGACUGGCCAAAAUCGUGGGCUUCACUUACGACCUUUACCUGGUGACCAAUGGCAGACAUGGGAAGAACAUCAAUGGGGAGUGGAACGGAAUGGUCGGGGAGGUGGUGUCCCAAAGGGCCGACAUGGCCAUUGGUUCUCUGACCAUCAAUGAAGAGAGGUCAGAGGUUGUGGAAUUCUCCGUUCCUUUUGUGGAGACUGGCAUCAGCGUCAUGGUCUCCCGUAGCAAUGGCACUGUCUCACCCUCCGCCUUCCUCGAGCCGUACAGUCCCGCGGUGUGGGUGAUGAUGUUCGUCAUGUGCCUGUCCGUCGUCGCAGUAACUGUCUUUAUCUUCGAGUUCUUCAGCCCAGUUGGAUACAACAGGAGCCUGCAAAGUGGCAAAAAGGCUGGAGGCUCGAAGUUCACCAUAGGGAAGUCGGUGUGGUUGCUAUGGGCUCUGGUGUUUAAUAACUCGGUGCCAGUGGAAAACCCCAGAGGAACCACCAGCAAGAUCAUGGUUUUGGUCUGGGCCUUCUUCGCUGUCAUCUUCUUGGCCAGCUACACCGCUAACCUGGCAGCUUUUAUGAUUCAGGAGGAGUACAUUGACACUGUGUCUGGUCUCAGUGACAAGAAGUUCCAGCAGCCGACGGAGCAGUACCCCCCUCUCCGCUUUGGUACCGUUCCCAACGGCAGCACGGAGGAGAACAUUCGUAGCAAUUACCCCAACAUGCAUCAGUAUAUGAUCCGCAAUAACCAGAGAGGGGUGGAGGAAGCCAUUGACAACCUGAAGACUGGUAAACUGGAUGCAUUUAUCUACGACGCGGCCGUGCUGAACUACAUGGCUCGUAAGGACGAGGGGUGUAAGGUCAUGACCAUCGGCUCGGGGAAGGUGUUCGCCACCACGGGGUACGGCAUCGCCCUCUACAAAAACUCCCGCUGGAAAAGACCUCUGGACCUUGCCCUGCUGCAGCUGGUGGGGGAUGAUGAGAUCGACAUGCUUGAGCGGCUUUGGCUCUCUGGAAUCUGUCACAACGAUAAGAUUGAAGUGAUGAGCUCGAAGCUGGACAUUGACAAUAUGGCAGGUGUGUUCUACAUGCUGCUGGUAGCCAUGGGACUGAGUCUACUGGUCUUUGCCUGGGAACACCUGGUCUACUGGAAACUCCGUCACUGCCUGGCUCGCUCUGGCAGUCUGGACUUUCUCCUGGCUUUCAGUAGGGGAAUGUACAGCUGCUGCAGUUUUGAAGAUGAAACGGCCCCUGGAGGUUCCCAAAGCACACUUCCCCAAUACCCCCACGUCUCUGCUAUUCCCGCUCCCCAUGUGGUCACCACACCUGUAGCCAAUCCUCCCAUCACCAUGACACAGCAGCAGCAACAACAACAACAACAACAACAACAGCAGCAGCAGCAGCAACAAAAACAUCACCAGCAACAACAGCCAGUGUACAAUUCCCUGCUUCCAGGUUCCCCACCAACAGGUGUACAUUCUGGUAUGGCCCUUGGACCAUCAAACAGCCCCAUUCUGGGUGCCCCUAUGCCAUGCUCUACAUUCCUGCCACGUCACGAUCGCAGAUUGGCCGUAGUGGAUCGCUGGACACGCCCCAAAGCAAGUGCUGAGAAAGCAGGUGGUGUCAGUGGUGGGCCCACAGACUUAGCACAAUACUCACAGGGCAUUCCUCCUCACUGGGGGACAGGAACAGGUGGAGGUGAAAGAGGUCUGGAUGAAUAUAAACGAUAUUAUGGCCCAAUAGAUCCAGAGGGCCUAGCAGUGACAGCAGAACCACAAUCUGCCGGUUCCCAAACCCCAAAAACGAGCCAGAGAGGGACAAGGUCCUCUGGAAACCCACGUCUGCCUCCUAAAAGUCAAACUCACCUACCCCACAACCAUAAUCUGUUACAUCCUUCUCCACCCCAGCAUUCCUUCUGGAGGAGAAAUAGUCUUUCGAAGAGGAAAGGCUCUGGAGGGCCCCUUUAUGAGAACAUUCUCCCCUUGGGGAGGAGAGGAGGAGGGAGGUAUGGCGGAAGAGAUGGAGGAAGCAGGAGGGGUCGUCGCCCACCGCCACCUCCUCUUCAUCUUCCAGUACCUGUUCCGCUCUCCUCACCAACCCACACGCCUCCUUCACCCUCACCUUCUAUUGGAUACACAUCCAGCUCCUCUACGACCUCCAGCUCAUCUUCCUCCUCUUCGUCUGAGUCACUCUCUCGUUCCAAUUCUCCUACUUACUCAUCCUCCUCGUACACAUCAUCCCAGAGUUUCAGGUACAGAGCAGGUGAAAGGGAAGGAUAUGAAGAUUAUGACAGUGAUGACCUGACAGAGGAGUCCAGCCUGCUCUUGGGAAGGAGAAAAGGUCGUUCACGCUUCUCCUCUCGAUCCCUGCCCUGCAGUCCUCCACCUCCGCCUAUACCACCUCGUAAGCCUCGGUUACCAAUGAGAGAGAGGGCUGGCAGUCAGUUGGCACAACUUCAGGAGUGGUGGGCAUCCUGGGGAGAGAGAGAAAAAAUCAGAAGAAACAUUGGAGACAGAGGAGAGAGUAGGGAAGAGAGGCGGCAUCACAAAGAGAGAGAGAGGGACAAAAAAAGGAGGAAAAAGGGUCAUAAGAAAAAGAAGAGGGAGGAACACGAGAGGGAAAGGGAACGUAAGAGGCGCAAGCUUAAAAAGAAGAAAAAGAAAGAUGACGAAGGUUCUUCUGGAGAGUUCGGCAAGUUUGAGAGAUACUGGGAAGGUCACGAGGGAAGAGCUGUUGGAGGCAUUGGGGGUGGGGGUUGGUUUUUUGGCACAUACCCUGCAAGGGAGAGAGGGGGCAGUAUAAACAGUAGAGAUGACUCCUUUCUGCCAUGGGGAGCAGGAGAGGGUAGUUGGGCUUCGGGAGGGGGAACAGGAUGGGGUUCUGGAGGCUUAGCAUCACAUCAGUGGCCACCCCCUCCAACAACACCGCCUCCUCCUCGUAGAUCCUGGUCUGUGGACAAGCUGCCUGUGAAAAAUGAGAAGAAGUCCAAAAGUAAGUCUCAGGAUAAGAGUCGAGGCCAUAUGGCUUGUUCCUGUCAAUCACCACACAACCCUACCAGCAGUCACUCCAAAUGGAACCGGGCAGCCUCUCGAAGUCAAGAGGAACUACUGCCUCAUCAUCAUGGUUUCAGCAGCAAUGCACAGUCCAAGAGACAGUCAUCCAAACCUGAUCGUACACAGAGCCAGGCCAAGUCUGGCAGUCAGUCCAACCUCAGCGUCCAGAGAAUGCAACGUUCUGACCGUUCUCGCCAGCCAUCUUCUCCUCCUCAGGCUUUGAUCCCAUCUUUGCCGCCUCCUUCCCUCCCAGCACUCCCUGCUCCACCGUCAUCUUCACACCCCAUCCAUGGGCCUCCACCCACUUCAUCCUCUUCGGUCUCCUCUCCAUCCGUCAUCUCCUCCACACCCGGUGCCCCACAGCCCUCUUCGAUUUCCUCCUCCAGUGCCAAGCUUCAGUACCAGAGACUCCGGUCAGUGCCCCAACCCCAGAGGUACCAGUCCCCACACCUUCCCCUCAAAACCAAGAGCCUGUGUUCACGUCGAGGUUCUGCCCACUUCUCCAGUGUGGAGAAUUCUGAUGAUUCUGAUGAUGAUGACGAUGAUGAAGAUUUUGAUGAUGAUGACGGCGAUGACGGCGAUGAAGACUCUGAUGAUGAUGAUGGCGAUGAUGAUGAUGAUGAUGACGUGUCUGAAUGA